AUGUCAUCUUUUACCGUCCCGACAGAUGUUACUGCACCCGAUAUGCGCAAAACAUCCGAUGCUUCUGAUGAGAAUAGCGUCACGGUGAUAAAUAUGCGUAAUCGGGCUAUUCUCUACGAAAGCAAUCAUCCAGAUCAUAUUUUCCAGCCUUCGGUUUUGAAUUUAGUUAAUAGUAUGGUGGGGACUCUUGCCCUGUUUUUCUCUUUUGAUAUAUUUCUAUUACCAUCUAUAUGUGUUUCAGUUUCUUUUGUUCCUGUUUGAGCUGGACAGCAAUGGCUUUGUCACCCGAUAUCUUUGCGUUUAUUAUUUUCAAGAAUUAAUUCUAACAAACUCAACAGCCCAACGACGAAGCUUCUGAAGCCCGAUUCUUUACUCGCGUAUCAGAGAGAAAAAACUCCACCACGGCCGCUGUACUCAACGGCGCAGCCGAUGCCCGGGAACAUUCUAUCUCAGAAUGCACCUCUCAAGCUCCAGGACCCAGCUCUCAAACCCCCGAAAACCCAACCGAACAACAAGAAACCACCACCGCGGAACCAAGACCUCCUGUUUUCUUCCGCUGCUGCCAAGUAAGUAUUUUCUUUCCCUUCCCUUCCUACUCAUACCACCCACCAAUCCAAACGAACAACUAACCCUAACCGCAACCUCCCACCACAAAGUGUCAACACACCUCCCUCCCCCCAACCUGCCAACGAAAAGCCGAAGAAAUCGGAAUCUUCCAGACAAAAGACCAGCGCGUGCUCGUCGUAAACACAGAAUGCGCACAUGCGCAAUGUAUGCGAUGUGUUAACGUGGAUGAGAAUGGAGUGCGUAUUGGAUUUAAGCCGUGGGAAUUGGAGUGGAGGGAUCCUGCUAUUUCGAGAGGGGUAUAG